AUGAUAAAGUCAACGAUCAAGGUUGCCAAACUACAUUCCACUGGAGACCUCAAUCUAAUGUUACGUUAUAACGCCACUCAAAUGUUCAUUGAAACACUCAACAAUAUUAUUCCCAUUGGCGACAACAACAACAACCAGUACCCAAUCAACACUAAGUUGUUAUGGAGCUCAAUAAGGUAUAACAACACAACAGUAUUCAAUCAUUUGUCAUUCAAGAUAUCAUGGAUGACCAUCGACAUUAAUGAACUUGGAUAUGAGAAAGCCAACUCUAUCAUUUGUGGACAUGGCAAUGUUGAGAUCAUGCAACGUUUGAUCGGAUCGAUAAGGUUAAAGAGCAUUCCAAACAGAAUGAUCAACAUCACUUUGCUGAUGGACACUGGCAACGAGCAGUUUGUUGGUCUGGUACUCAAACAUAUGGAUGAAGAAUUUGGCGACACAGACAAUCGCGAUUGCCACAACUAUGAUAAUCAUGACAACUUCAAGUUCAGGAGUCGUGGCAUCAGUGUUGGAAUUCUCAAAUUGAUGAACGAUGCAUACGUCCUGUAUGAUUACUCGAGCAUUUGGAAGAGGGCACUGUCAAGCGUAAAGUACAUCAUUGACCAUUUACCUGAUAGGCAAAUGAAAGUACUAUUGCCAUAUUAUGGUGGUAACAAUAGUCUGAUGAUCAAGUGUUUGAAGGGAUGUGCCAAAGUUGGCAACUUUGACAUGUUCCAAUUGUUGAUCAACACAAAGAUUGGCGCAAAAGUAUUGGAGAAAGUCUAUAUCGUCAACGAGGCAAGAUACUGUGGUCAGUUCAACUUUAUCCAGUAUCUCAUCAAACACUCCCAGACUGGAUCAGUUGCGAACUCUACACAACGUCAUGAGUUUGGGUUACCAGCAUGGUUUCGCUCGAGUGAUCAAGUUGUGCUAUGA